AUGAAAGCUAUCUUGAGAAGAAGAUUCAUUCCAAGUCACUACUGCAAGGAAUUAUUUCAAAAGCUGCAAAGCCUCACUCAAGAGUCUAGAAGUGUUGAAGAUUACCACAAGGAGAUGGAGAUAGCAAUGAUUAGGGUUGACGUGGAGGAGGAUCGAGAAGCUACUAUGGCCAGUUUCUUAGCUGGUUUAAACUGUGACAUUGCAAACGUGGUGGAACUACAACAUUAUGUUGAGCUGAAUGACAUGCUACAUAUGGCCAUAAAGGUGGAGUGUCAAUUGAACAAGAAAGGUUCCACAAGGAUGGGUCAAAGUUCUGGUUCUUCUUCAACUUGGAAUCAGAAUUGGAGCAAGAAGGAUGAGAAACCUCAAUCCAAGAACAAGGUUGAAGCGCCCAAAGACAACAAAAAUGGAGGCACCACUAACCAAGAAAAUGGGGAUAUUGAGACCGAAGGCAAGUCCAAUAAUGAUUCUAUGCCACCAUUGGAGGAUGCAAGUGAUAUUGAGUAUCCAGUUGAUGGAGGGCUUUUGGUUGCAAGGAGAGCUCUAAAUGUACAAGUCAAGGAAGAUGAGGAGCUACAACAUAAAAAUAUUUUUCAUACUAGAUGCCAUGUUAAUGAAAAGGUGAACAAGCAAGUUUUGGUGUCAUUCUCAAUUGGGAAAUACAAAGAUGAGGUUUUAUGUGAUGUGGUUCCAAUGCACGCGUCACAUAUUCUUUUGGGAAGAUCGUGGCAAUUCAACAGACAUGUCACUCACAAUGGUUAUUCUAAUAUAUACUCAUUUGUAUUCAAUGAAAGACCAAUCACUCUUAUACCAUUAAAUCCAAAACAAGUGUAUGAAGAUCAAGUGAAGUUAAAAAAAAGAGUGAGAAUACAAAAACAAGAGAGGCAAAGAUUAAAAGAAGAGAAAAAGGUACAGAAAAGAGAAAGAAAUAUUGGCAAGCGAAGAAAGAAAAGAGAGGAAGAAAAUGAAUUUCUUUGCAAAAGAAAAAGAGAUCAAAAGAGUUUUGUUGACAAACCAGCCUAUGAUUGUACUUUUGUACCCAAUGGUUUACUACCAAUAAGGGGAAUUAAGCAUCAGAUUGAUUUUAUACCUGGAGCAACAAUCCAAAAUAGGCCAGCCUAUAGGAGCAAUCCUAAGGAAACAAAAGAGUUUCAAAGGCAAGUUGGUGAGCUCAUGGAGAAGGGGCAUGUGCGUGAGAGCAUGAGUCACUGUGCGGUUCCAAUGUUGCUUGUUCCUAAGAAAGAUGGAUCAUGGAGGAUCAAAAACGCGGAUGAUCAUGUUGAGCAUUUAAAACUUGUUUUAGAUGUUUUAAGAAAAGAAAAGUUGUUUGCUAAUCUCAAAAAGUGUACCUUCUGUACAGAUAAGCUUGUGUUUCUUGGUUUUGUUGUUAGUGCCCAAGGAAUUAAGGUGGAUGAAGAAAAGGUGAGUGCAAUUCGAGACUGGCUGAGACCUACAAGUGUGGGUAAUGUUAGAAGUUUCCAUGGGUUGGCUACUUUUCAUCGAAGAUUUGUGAAAGAUUUUAGUAGCUUAGCCGCACCUUUGACUGAACUUAUUAAAAAGAAUGUUGGUUUUAAGUGGGGUGAUGACCAAGAGAAGGCAUUCGAUUUAAUUAAAGAAAAAUUUACUAAUGCGCCUUUGCUUGCUUUACCUAAUUUCACUAAAACUUUUGAGAUUGAGUGUGAUGCUUCAGGAAUAUAUAUUGGAGUUUUUCUAAUGCAGAAGAGUCAUCCUAUUGCAUACCUUAGUGAAAAGUUAAGUGGAACAACCUUAAACUAUCCUACUUAUGACAAGGAGAUGUAUGCAUUGGUUAGGGCAUUGGAAACUUGGCAAGACUACCUUUGGCCAAAAGAGUUUGUGAUUCACAUUGAUCAUGAAUCUUUAAAACAUUUGAAGAAUCAACAAAAGUUAAAUAAAUUACAUGCCAAAUGGGUUGAGUUUAUUGAAACAUUUCCUUAUGUCAUCAAGUACAAGCAAGGUAAGGAAAACAUUGUGUCUGAUGCUUUACCUCGCAUGUAUGUUUUACUCUCUACCUUAGAUGCAAAAUUGGUUGGUUUUGAAUACAUUAACGAUUUUUAUGUUAAUGAUUGUGACUUUUCUAAUGUAUUCAAUGCGUGUGACAAAGAAGCUUUUGGAAAAUUCUUUAGGCAUGAUGGGUUUUUGUUUAGAGAAAAUAAGCUAUGUGUGCUUAAAAGUUCAUUGUGUGACUUGCUUGUUAAAGAAUCUCAUGGGGUUGGCUUGAUGGGGCAUUUUGGUGUAUCUAAGACAUUAGACAUUUGUUAUGAACAUUUUUUUUGGCCUCAUAUGAAAAGAGAUGUUGAACGAGUUUGUGAGAAGUGUAUUACAUGUUGA